AUGCAUAUCCUCACACUUCUGUCCGUCUUCCUCCUAAAUAUACUCCCGGUCCUCGCGACACCCGUGGCGGGCUUGGUGGACCUGACGUCUAACCCGCUGCUCGGGGGCCUCCUGUCGCUGGUGGGCAACGUCGGCAACGCGCCGCCGCCGAAGCUGUUGUGGACGCCCAGGCCGUCGCCCGAGUGCGCGGCCGUCAACGGCGGCGAGCUGCAGUGCUGCCGCGGGACCCUGGCGGGCGACCAGCCGUUGGUGGUGUUCCUGGCUGCGGUAUACGGAUAUAAGCUGAACCCUAAUGAUAUUAACGGCCUCGUCUGUAAGUGA